AUGAUGGCUUAUAUCAGUGUUAUAGUGUUAAGCGUUUCAAUAUGCGGCUCUUUGGCCAUGGAGUAUAAAUUCCCGGAAGGGUUUAAGUUUGGAGUAGCUUCGGCUGCGUAUCAAGUGGAAGGUGAUCCGAAAAGCAGUGAUAGGGGUGAAAACAUCUGGGACUAUAUGGUGCAUUCACGACCAGAAGUGAUAUCAGACAGGAGUGAUGCUAGCAUGGCAUGUGACUCCUACCAUCUGUGGCGGCGGGACAUCGAGAUGAUGGAGGAGCUGGGCGUUAAUAUGUACAGGUUUUCAAUAUCCUGGACACGUCUGCUUCCCACCGGCUACCCCAACAUUAUAAGUGAAGAUGGUAAGAGAUUCUACAACGACCUGAUAGACGGUCUUCUGGAGAAAGGCAUCGAGCCCAUUGUCACUUUGUAUCAUUGUGAUCUCCCCCAGUCUCUGCAAGACCUUGGAGGAUGGGCAAAUCCACUAGUCGUUGACUGGUUUACCGACUACGCAAAUGUAGUGUUCUCCCUCUACGCCGAUCGUGUCAAAAUCUGGCUGACUUUGAAUGAGCCUUUUGGAAUUUGUGACUUCGGUUAUAUGGAGUUGGCCGCACCAUACUUCGAUGACAUUAAAGUUGGUGGUUAUAUGUGUACUAAGAAUACUCUGAUAGCUCAUGCGAAGGCUUAUAGGCUAUACGAUGAGGUUUAUAGGCCCAAGUAUCAUGGUAAGGUGUCACUGUCAACACUUUUCUUUUGGUUUGAGCCAGCAACGCCAGAUGAUGUAGAAGCAACGGAACUAGCAAUCCAGUUCUGGGCAGGUCGCUACGAUCAUCCUAUUUUCUCCAAAGAAGGAGGCUGGCCAAAGAAAUUGGAAAGGCUCAUGCUAGAGAAUGGCAAAAAUGAAGGUUAUCCAUAUCCAAGGCUUCCCCCUCUCAGUUUAGAGGAAAUUGAACUAGUCAAAGGUACAUAUGAUUUCUACGGCCUGAACCACUAUACAACAAGACUAAUAAGAAAAGUUGAACCAGGAUAUAAGCCAGGACCUUAUCCACUCAUGACCUUGGAUGAAAUUAAUGUGGAAAUGAUAGGCCACCCUGAUUGGAAAUCUACUGAAUUGAACUGGUUCUCGGUACACCCUAAAGGUAUCCGGGAUCAACUAAACUGGCUAAAGAAUAACUAUGACGUCAAAGAGAUCAUUAUAACGGAGAAUGGAAUGAUGUCACUGGAUCCUAGCCUCGUUGAUACUGGUCGCUUGGAGUACAUCAGGGAUUAUAUGGAGCAGGUCAUGUUGGCAAUGCAAGACGGGGUUCCUGUAACGGGGUACACAGUAUGGACAAUGAUGGACAAUUUUGAAUGGUUAAAUGGAUAUAAUUUAAAAUAUGGACUGUAUGCAGUGGACUUCAACUCGCCGAAUCGGACACGAACUCCAAGAGAAUCAGCUCGCUUCUACUCGAGCGUGGUCAGAAGUCGAACCCUACGAACCACUUAUGAUAAUUUAAAUGUUAUUCUUUAA